UUUCCAUAAAAACUCAAGCACAAACACAUAACACUAUGGAUAAGACAACGACACUGCUCUUGUUCUUCUUCUUUUUCACUCUCCUCCUCACCACCUCUUUAUCUAAAGAUCUCUGUCACAAAGAUGACAAAAAAACCCUCCUCAAGAUACAGAAAGCUCUUAACAACCCUUACACCAUCAUCUCAUGGGAUCCCAAAGACGACUGCUGCUCCUGGGUCUCCGUUGAGUGCGGCGACGCCACCUUCAACCACCGCGUCACCUCCCUAGAUAUAUCAAACGACGAUCUCUCCGCUCAAAUCCCUCCUGAAGUCGGUGACUUACCUUAUUUGCAAACCCUCAUCUUUCGUAAACUCCCUAACCUCACCGGUGAAAUCCAACCCACCAUCGCCAAGCUCAAAUAUCUCCGUUUUCUCUGGCUCAGCUGGACCAGCCUGACCGGCCCGGUUCCUGAAUUUCUUAGUCAGCUCAAGAAUCUUGACUACAUAAACCUUUCCUUCAAUGACCUCUCUGGUCCCAUACCAAGUUCUCUCUCUUUGUUACCUAAACUCGAGUUUCUUGAACUCAGCAGGAAUAAGCUUACAGGUCCAAUACCAGAGUCAUUUGGAUCGUUUCAAGAAAAAGUCCCUGAUCUUUUCCUAUCACACAACCAGCUCUCUGGCUCGAUACCAAAAUCACUAGGCAAGCUCGACUUUAACCGGAUCGAUCUUUCCCGUAACAAGCUCCAAGGUGAUGCUUCGAUGUUGUUUGGAGCCAGCAAAACGACAUUUUCCAUUGAUUUAUCGAGAAACAUGCUCCAGUUCGACAUCUCCAAGGUUAAGGUCUCUAAGACAGUUGCUCAAUUAGACUUGAAUCACAAUGGGAUCACAGGGAGUAUUCCGGUUCAAUGGACCGAGCUUAGUCUGCAGUCCUUCAAUGUUAGCUAUAACAGACUGUGUGGACGCAUCCCCAAGGGAGGCGAUCUUCAGAGAUUUGAUUCCUACGCCUAUUUGCACAACAAGUGUUUGUGUGGUGCACCUCUUCCGAGUUGCAAGUGAAGAUUCAAGCAACCAAGCUUCAUCUCUUUUAAAAUUUACCAUAAGAAUCAAUCAAGUCCAAGGACAACUGUACUAUUUUCCACUCGGAAUGAUUAAUAAAGACAUCAAGUAAACCGAAUAAACUCAGC